AUGACCACCUCCGAGGGAAAAUACGCCGACAAAACAGACGAAAAACUGCCAAUAAGACCAAUUCUCAAAAAGGAAGAGACGAAUCGUGUCCGAUUCGAUCCCGGUGCGCAGACCAGAGCAUUGCCCAGGGAAAUAAGCACAGAACAUGGAAAGAGAAAUGCGCACGUAGGACGCGGAAAUUACAAUAAACAAAAAGAUGACGGUUAUCGUCAAUACGAAUGGGAGAGGGCCUUUACAAAGGAGGAUUCCUAUAGGGAACGUGUAGACAGCAGACAUGAGUCUGUCGCGUAUGGUUCUUCUCGGGAGCGGAACCGGGAUCGAGAUGGAGUCCGGCCGAGCACGGAACGGCGUUUGACCAGCUUUAGAAAUUAUCAUGUUUUCGGAAGAACCGAUGGCAAGUACACGUCUCCGAAGCACGAGAUAGAAGUGUUCGUCACAGGCCGGACCACCGACUAUAGGAUACAGAUUGUCGUAGAAUAUGAGGACCUUAGCAAGCAUCUGAACCUCUUUUUUGGUCGGUCUACUGCACAUAUUCGAGCGCAACUAAGUAAUAAAAUCAACCCGCUCCAUCAGUAUACUCUUUCCAACGGGCCUUACAUGUUGUGGCUUGGGAGGUGGAGGAUUCGCGGUGCGCCGACCUUCCGUACAAAGUAA